UUGAAUUGAAUCAGGGAGGAACUGUCAAAGAACUGAGCGCGGCUUCGGCUAUGCUGUAUAAAGCAUGAUCCGUGUGUUCGUGACAAAUAAUUAAUCAUUCAAAUAAACGAUAAAUACAAGGCAUUACAGACCGACGCUUAUAAUUACAAGAUAUUUUUAAGGCGUGUCACCAUGAGAAAAAGUGAGGUGCUGGCUGCUGAGUCGGUGGCUUGUCUGAAUAAAGCUUUAUGCCGCCUUAAAGAUAUUUGGGAGGAAAUCGGGAUACCAGAGGAUCAGCGACUGCAAAGGACAGCGGUGGUAAAGAGUCAUGUAAAAGGCUUGCUGGACAUGAUGAUUGCAGAAGAAGAGGACCUCAGGGGGCGGUUGGUGAGCAGCAUAGAGUCGUGUCGCAGGGACCUGGAUGCACUGUGCAGGGAACUUCAGCUGCCUCUGUUUAAAGAGGAGGAGGGCCACACCAUGCUGCAGCAGGAGAAGGACAUCCGGACCCAGGUAGAAGCAGCCAUGACGCAGAAGCAGCAGAGGAUGCAGGAGCUGAGAGCCUUGCUGCUGCAGGAGCAGGUCCUCUGUGACAUCCUGCGCACAGACACCUACCGCAUCGACCACGAGGCCGUGCCCUCGCUGGGGCAGCUGGACACCUUCCGGCAUCACAUCGCCAACCUCAGUGCUGAGAAGGAACGAAGGCACGCUGAAUUUGUCAGCAUUAAGAAAGACAUCAUCUCACGGAUGGAGGAUCUCGACAGGCUUCCGGACACCAGUUUCGAGAGGGAGGUGAUUUCUGAGGAAGAGGAGGCUUUCUGCCUGUCAGAGGAGAACAUCUCAUCUCUCAAGCUGCUCCUCGCUCAGCUUGAGGAACAGAAGGUGGAGAACGAGCUUCUGUGUGACGCUUACCGGGCAAAGGUGCGAGAGCUGUGGGACACCCUGCAGGUCAGCCAGGAGGACAGGGAGGCGCUGGCGGACCACAUGAUCAUGUCGAGGAAGAGAAACAUGGAUGCUCUGCAAGCAGAGGUGAUGCGUCUGGAGGUGCUCAGACUUCAAAGCAUCCGGGACUUAACCGAAGCCAAGAGGGUAGAAGUGGCCCUGUACUGGGAGAAAUGCUUCCUCAGCACCGAGCAACGGCGUGCCUUUGUGCCGUACUAUGACGAUGAUUUCACGGAAGAAUUGUUGAACCUGCAUGAAAGUGAGGUGCAGCGACUUAAGCAACAUUACCAGCAACACCAGGAGCUUUUCGAAGGGGUUCAAAGGUGGGAGGACAGCUGGAGACUCUACUUAGACCUGGAGAGAAAAGCAACGGAUCCAUCCAGAUUUACUAACAGGGGUGGAAACCUUCUCAAAGAAGAGAAGCAAAGAGCUGAUCUUCACAAGAGCCUGCCCAAGCUGGAGAAGAAGCUGAAGGCUCAGAUCGAGGCCUGGGAGAAAGAGGAGGGCCGGGAGUUCCUGGUCAAUGGACAGAAGUUCCUGCAGUACGUGGAGGAGCAGUGGGAGGUGCACCGGACAGAGAAGGAGCAGGAGAAGCUGCAGCGGCAACUGAAAAAGAGCAAGCAGAUGGAGGAGGACAUGUUAUACGGGACAGCCCCACGGACGCCAUCCAAGCGGAGGCUCCCAGGAGCGCAGACCCCUGGAAAGGUCCGGAAGCGUGGCCCCGCAGUGCUGACGCCAGGGCGUGGCAAACCUCUGCACGUCAGCCUGCUGGAGCGAAACAAGGAGAACAUGCCACACCUCAACGUGACGACUCUGGGUGGUGCAUCAAGGCCGCGGGCAAGCCCGCAGUGCCACCUCAGCGCUAACUCCGUCACCAGCAGCUGCUCUGGAAUAGCGAAGGAGUCUGUCACCGUUGAGUCAGCACUCCAGUCCAUGUCUGUGUGACCACACAGGGAGGACCUUCUAAAGCAUCACCCACAUCUCACAGCAAGACAGGCAUCAUGAACCUGACUGUCACUGACUGAGGGGGGUGAUGAGUGGAGGUGUCAUGUGACACUGUCACCUCCAAUGAGAUCUCAUCACUGUAGGAAAUGUAUCACUACCACUUGUUGGCUGUAUUAGCAGGUAAAUCAAUGCACAUCAGCACAUACAGUACAGAAAUGGCCUGUCUGUACAAACAUUUUAAAAAUCCAAUUUAUGCUACUUCCUAAUAAUGCACACAUUAAGCAUGCUUUAAGUUAUAAUAUAUUCUGUUUUUUGUGUUCUUUAAAAAAAUAUUAAAAUGACCAUUAUUAAAUUUAAGCUGUAUUUAACCGAUUUUGUGUAUGUAUAUAUUUAUAAUAGUAUACAUCUGUAUAUAUAGUCUAGGUGUACUAACCAAUAACAGGUCAGGUUUUCUCCUUUCGUCUGCACCUUUGUCUAAUUCUUUGCACAAUGGAAAAGUAUGGUCUCUGUCCUUUUCUGUAAAAUAAAUUGCCGUAGUGCUAUCA